AUGGUGUCCUUUCAAAUUCUCUCCGACCUCCAUCUCGAGUCUCCUGCUGCCUACGACAUCUUCGAAAUCCCCAGCAAAGCGACUCAUCUCGCGCUCCUAGGAGACAUCGGCAACGUUCGUGACCCAGGUUUCUUCUCGUUCAUCGAAGCACAGCUGCACAACUUCCGAAUCAUCUUCUUUCUUCUUGGAAAUCAUGAGCCAUAUCAUUCCAGUUGGGCCGAAGCGAGACGCCAAAUUAUUGAGUUUUCACGUGAGGUGUGUCAACGGGCGGAACACGAUCCGACUUUGGGCCUUGGGAAAUUCAUCUUUUUAGACCAGACGCGCUUCGAUGUUUCUGACAGCGUGACCGUGCUUGGAUGCACGCUUUACUCGCACGUUUCCACAGGGCAGGAGGAGAGAGUCAGUUUUGGCCUAAAUGACUUUUAUUAUAUUGAUGGCUGGACCAUUGGGGACCAUAACAAUGCUCAUGCCGCGGAUCUGGCGUGGCUGAACAACCAAGUCGCUACCAUCUCUACUUCUGAGCCAGGAAGAUAUAUCGUGAUUUUCACCCACCAUAGCCCAAUCACGCAAGAUCCGAGAGCGCUUGACCCAGCACAUUCUGGGAGCGCUAUUGGCUCUGGAUUUGCCAGCGACUUGAGCAGGGAGGAGUGUUUCAAAAAUGAAAAAGUGUGCAUGUGGGCAUUCGGGCACACGCACUUCAAUUUCGACUUCACGAUGCAGCAAGGGAGUGGACAUGGAAAGAGAAUUGUGAGCAAUCAGCGUGGAUAUUACUUCAAGCAGGCUGGGGGUUUCGAUGUGGGGAAAGUGGUGACUGUCUAG